AGUUGCAUUUGUAUCUUAUUCUCUAUCUACCCACGGAUUAAUCUCCCUAACCUUUAUUAUUAACAACAACAACACUACAGCAACGAGAGCAUUAUGGUUACUACUACUACUAUUACCAAGCAAACCCCCCAAGUUGUUCUUUCUUCCCCGCCGCCUGCUAUCAGUACUGAUACUCCGUCCUCUUCCUCCUCAAUUGAGGCCCCCGAACCACACUAUGUGGUGCCUAAGGUUAAGGCACCAUCGGUAUGCCCUAUAUUUGGCAGGCUAACGUUCCUAACAGUAGUGCUAGUCUGUUGUCUAAUAGUAGCUGCAAUAUGGUUUUGUCAUGGUUAUAGUUGGGUAUAUGAUAAGACUACUAAGAUAUGGCCUAUAUAUGAAUGUCCUUCAUUACAGUCAUCUUUCCAUUUCAAGGAGAAGGAUCUAUGGGGUCCAACAUGUUCUAUGUCUAUAAAGUAUGAUUUCCUAUUAGCUGAUCGUAUGAAGAGGAAUGGUAUUACAGUACCAUAUGGUACCCCACCAGAAGAGGCAUUAGAACGUUGUAUCCUACCACAUGAUGAUGAAGGAUAUAUUACAUGUUUCUCAGUGAAUUCAUGUGAUUAUAUGUGUCGUGAAGCUGAUACUAAUGGUAGAUGUCCAGCUGGUAAGACAUUAAAUAAGGAUAAGACUGAUAUGGAUAAUAAUGUCCAAUGCAAUGUAUGGUUAGCUGCUCAAACUUUUACUGAUCAAUUAGCAUGUUAUAAAUUAGAGGUUGCUGCUUAUUGUGGUAGAACAUUUAAAGUAACACCCUCUAAUAUACUUGCUGUACGUGGGCUUAUUGUGGCUACUGUGGUGAUGUUGGUAUUCUGGAUAAUAGCUGAGUUUGUUCUAAGAAGUGUUGACAAGGGUUUACGUCAAGAACAAGCAGAAGGUAUGGCUAGAAUGGGUGUUGAACUACCAGCUAAAAGAACAUUCUUACGACAACAAAUACUUCAUAGAUGGGCUACUGAGGCACAAUU